GAAAUUAUUCAUUUUCGCAGGAAGCAGGAACAUGGGUUGGGUUUGGAGAGACGAUGCUGCAGACCGCGUUGGUGAUGAGGAGUUUAACGUAUCCUAUCCAAAAAGCCCUAAUAAUCUCGACGAUUCUUCCUCCGGUGACCGAUGCUCGACACGGAGGGUUGUGAGAUCUCAGUGCAAGACGGAGGAGGUUGAGCCCGGGAAAUUCGUUCGCAAGUGUGAGAAAACCGAGGAGAUCCUCAGAGAUUGCCUUGGAAAGCCUGUUGAAGUGCUGAAGUCCAACAAAGAGCACACAGAAGAAGAUGUCACACACCAAGUGGUUCAAGGGAACCAUUCAUUUGGGUCUCUUGAAAAGGGGCCGCUUGACUUCCCUGGGCUACGUAGUGAUAUCGAGGCAAACUUCCCUGGGCUACGUAGUGAUAUCGAGGCAAUUGAGCGUAGCGUCUUUGGUGGCAUUGACCGAUUCUUCGACGCAGCUGACGAGAUGAGAAACAGCUUCUUUGGUAUAUUUGGCCCUCCACCUUCUUAUGAUCGGGAAUCUUCCUCCUCACCAUCUAUGAGGCGAGGGAUACCAAUUGAAGGUCAUCCUCAGAAGGAAGUCUAUCCUAAACAGAGUGAGCAUGAUACGAAGUAUGCUGAUCUUUCUGGAAGUAUUAGAGACGUGUAAAUCAGAGGCAUGAAAGCAACUGCAUAAGUUAACUAAAUUCUGUCUCUGUUUUCCGACAUCCCCUUCACACCCCCCUCCCCCCUCUCUAAACCAUAUAUAUUAAUAUACACUGCAAAAAUGGGUAUUGAAUAAUGUUUUCGCUUAGAGACUAGAUAUUUCAUUAUGAUUCCUUGGUACUAGGAAUGCUUGAAGAAACUCUCGAAGUAGCAGGCAUUUGGUGAUUUUAUCAACGAGUAUUAUUUGUGUUUUUA